UUCACCUUGGUAAUGACGCCCCUUUCAUCUCGAUACGCUAUCUACUAUUGAUAUUUAUAAAACACCACAAUAUUAAGUAAAAAAGGAAAAAAAAGAGAAAAGAAGUGAUAAUUUCAAAUUUGCGCGAUUGAUUAUUGCCAUAGCAACCAUCAGGAUCAAUCACAACAAACAGAAAUGGAGAAUUACAAACUCUUGGGUAAAGUGGGUAAAGGGGCUCACGGGUUAGUUUUCAAAGCCUUAGAUUUACAAAACAACAAAACAGUGGCCUUGAAACAAAUAGCUAUAGUUAACGUUACAAAUGGAAUACCCAAGAAUACCAUGCGUGAGAUUUGCGUCCUGCGAGCGCUUCAAUCAAAUCACAUUGUUAAACUGGUAGACAUAUUCAAUGUGGAAAGUGCUAUUGUUAUAGCAAUGGAGUACUUGCAGCGGAGUUUAUCUGACGUUUUGAAAGACAUAGAACGGCCCUUAUCCCUCCCACAGAUCAAAAUGUACACAAAAAUGAUCCUACUGGGGGUGGACACCAUGCAUUCGAACAGAAUCAUGCAUCGGGAUUUAAAGCCUGCCAAUUUGCUCAUCGACGACAAGGGCGUGUUGAAAAUAGCCGAUUUUGGCUUGUCUCGAAUUUACAACAAAAACAAAGAUCGUCUGUACACGCACCAAGUGGGUACGCGGUGGUACCGAGCCCCUGAGCUUUUAUACGGGUCACAAAAAUACACCCCAGCUGUGGAUAUUUGGGCCAUUGGCUGCAUUUUAGCCGAAAUGAUCAACAAACAGCCUCUAUUUCCCGGGGAAACCGAUAUAGCCCAACUUGCUAUAGUCAUUGCAACUUUGGGCACCCCAAAUGAGGAAAUUUGGCCCGGAUUAACGUCCCUUCCCGACUAUAACAAAAUCGCUUUUACUCACAGCGAGGGUCAGUCGUGGAAUUCGAAAUUUCCCGAUUGUGACGAAGCGACUGUUGAUUUGAUUCAGCAGUUUUUGCAGUACGACCAAAGUAAACGAAUCGAUGCAAAAAAAGCUUUAAACCAUAGAUUUUUCUUUGAAAAGCCGCUCCCGUGUUGCUUGGAUGAAAUGCCGAAACCUAAUCAAGUCAAGACUGACGGUUCUUGGCUUGCGAAAGAUUUUGAUGAUAUUGUAAACAUAAAUAAAGUUACUCACGUCUGA